AAUUGGCUUAACCAAAACCUUGCGGUGUUAGUUGUCUGCUUCAUCUUGUUUUAUGUUUGAUGGAGUAGUGUUUGUCUGCAAAGUUCACAUAACUAAGCUUAUAGCUUGUCUUCGAGCGAUUCAUUGAGCUUUAAUUGACCUUUUGACAGCUUUGAAACGAGUUCAUCAGUUUUUUUCAAGUCGACAAGUGAGUACACUAGCCCAACAAAUCUGUAUUUCUCCAUGGUACAUCCAUACUUUAUUGAACUGUUUUAAGGACUAACAAUAGGCCGCAAGCUAGGGAAGCUUCUUGAGACCCACUUCCUGUACACAUUCUUGGCAUACCAAGGAGUCAUUUAUGGUGUGGUAGUCUGUUUGUAGCUGGCCUCCCUUCAACGCCUCUUCUCUCUUCCUUUUCAGUGGAGAAGGAUCGGCAGGCUUGAUUUCUCCUGGAUUCGAUAUGGAUCGAGCACUUCAAGUGACAAUACAGGGCCCCGGUCCGUGGGGAUUCCGGCUAGCCGGUGGGAAAGACUUCAAUACUCCGCUCCAAAUUUCAAAGGUAACCCCGGGAGGCAAAGCAGCCAAACAGAACCUCUACCCAAAUGACAUAGUGACCGCUAUCGAUGGACAAGAUACAAGCUCAAUGACGCACCUUGAGGCACAGAAUAAAAUCAAAGCAGCUUCCGGUAACCUAAUGCUAAAUAUUCAAAGAACUGGAGAAGCGAGAGUAUGGAAACCAACAACUACAAGAAUUGAACCGCAAGGAGUCAGUGACGGCCCCUCAUUCAAGGUCUCCCUUGCGGCUAAUAAACAAGAAUCUCAAAAUAUUGGCAGUAAACAUAAUGUAACAGCCAGACCAUUUGGUGCUGGAGAUGCUGUUUCUCCUGGUACAGCGACAGUGGUACAUAAGCAGUUUAACUCUCCCGCUGGAUUGUAUUCCGCCUCAAAUAUUGCCGAGACAUUUAAGGGACAGACGGAAGGACUAAUCGCAGGCCACAUGCUUGAAGGGGAGGAGGAACCUCAGGCUGUAAGCAACCCAGGUGCACAGUCAAGAUCGUUUAAGAUGUUGCAACAACACAUCGGCGAUGAAGUUGAUGGGCCUAGUGGUAUGACGAACGGAGCCAAGCCAGCCGGUAUGAAGUCCGUCAAAGCUCCUACAACAAAUCCCAAUGCCGGGUCCAAGCCAGCAUCAUCGGGACAGCUUCCAAUUUGCUUCCGAUGCCAAAUAGGAAUUGUUGGACCAUUUGUGAACCUGAAGGGGAAAUCGUUGCAUCCAGAUUGUUUUGUUUGUGAAGCUUGUAAUUGCAGUCUAAGGAACAAAGGAUAUUUUACAGUUGCAGGAAAAAUGUAUUGUGAACAAGAUGCUAAAGCCAAGCAGAUAGAGCAACAACAGCAGAAGCAAUCACCAGCACCAGCCCAAGUUGCACCCAAAAGUGUUUCCAAUGGUCAAGGUUCAAUGAAGAUAAAUUUAAGUUCAGCUGCCAAACCAGCACCCCCAGUUCAGUCAUACUCCCCCCAGCAACCCCAGACAUUCUCACAGAAGCCCCCAAGCUUUAGGAGUCCUCCACCCCCUGUGAAGCCAAAACCACAGGCCAGUUCCAAUCCAGCACCUGAUCCGAAUCUGGUUAUCGCACAGGCCCUGAAUCAGAAUCCCGAAGCUAUGAAGUCUGUUUGUGGCAUCAAGCCCGUGUUUACCGUUCAAAGCAAAGUUUCCCAUCAGAUCCCUUGGGAAAAGGAAGGUCCAUCAUCGCCGCGUAUUGACUAUGAUGAUCUUCCGCCGCCUCCGUCACCUACUGAAUUCCAACCAUACGACGCCUCAUCAGAGCAAAAUGACUUUCCAGCGCCACCGCCCCCUCCUCCUCCUCCCCCAGGUCCGGAAUUCACCAUAAACGUUGCCAGACCUAUGGGGCUAGAGAUGAAGCGAAGCCCACCUCCGGAUGUUCCGGUUUAUAAAGCUCCGGGCGAGGACCAGCCUGAAAGGAUUAAAGUGAUGUUUCUGCCUGACAGUGGCAAAAAGUCCACACCAAGCCAAAUUGCACAGCAGAGCCGCAUGGCCAAGAAUGCCCAGCCAAAAGCGUUCUCACCGUCACCACAGGCAUACACCCCAUCGCCACAGGCAUACACUCCUCCACGACAGGCCAAUCCCCCACAAGCACCUGGUGACCCAGUUUUGCCUACAGUACCUGUGUUUAGACCGAGUCAACCCAAAGCCCCAUCAGGCCCAGCAGCCCCUGCCCCAUUUUCCACAGUUCCUAGGCCUGCCAACCCAGGUGUUCCUAAGGCCACCCCAGCUGGCACCCGUACACCAACAUGCGAGGGAUGCGGACAGAUAAUCAGAGGGCCAUUUGUAUCAGCUGUUGGCAAAAAUUGGCAUCCAGAACAUUUUGUCUGCGCUCACUGCCACGAACCCUUACAAAAUAUUGGAUUUGUUGAAGAAAAGGGUAAAAUCUACUGCGAGAAGGACUACACCAACCUGUACGCUCCUAAAUGCAGCAAGUGUAUGAAGAGUGUAGCUGGGAAAUGUGUAAAUGCCCUUGGUGGUCAGUUCCAUCCAGAAUGCUUCGUUUGCUUCCACUGCAACCAGCCGAUAUCAGGAAACAGCUUCCACACAAAUGAAGGGAAGGUUUACUGUACUGCAGAUUAUAACGCCUUGUUCUCGACCACCUGCGCAUCUUGUAUGUUUGCGAUAGAACCCGGCGAUGAGUGGCUAGAGGCCCUUGGUACCAGCUGGCAUUCAAACUGUUUCAACUGUAAUGCUUGUCAAGUCAACCUCGAAGGUCAUGGAUUUUAUGCUAAGAAUGGAAAGCCAUACUGCCCUCAACAUGCAUAAAAAAAUAUAUGAAAAUACACUAAAAACCAGGCAACCAAUCUGUUUGGUUCAUUGCACACAAUUUACCAACAGACGGCAAGUAACGUGUAUUUUAGUGAAGAGCUGAUGUGUGAUGGCUUUGUCCAUUUCGUUGCCACUUGCGCAAUUUAUUCUUUUAGGUUUAAUGAAAUUUGAUAAACAGUCUUCCACAAUUUAGUAUAAACAAUUUAUUUUUGUGCAAAGCACCCCCAGUCCAAAAUUUGAUGCUUUUAUUCUUCUACAGAAUGAAAAAAUAAUUUUAUCAAAAAAUAUAGUUAUUAUAUGACUUCUAUUGAAAUUAUUACUUUUAUAAAUUGUGUAGUUGUAUUUUUGUGUUAGUGUAACUUAUAGAAGAAAUUCCUAUUCAUGUACAUCUUAUAAAAUUGAAAUAUUUGCCAUUAAUAAUUUAGGUGUUGCUUUCCCAGACAAUGUAAUGGUUGAUAAAUUAUUCAGUAUUACAAAGCAUUUUGAGUAAUUAGAUUUACUGUACAGGUAUCCCAGUAAUAAAGUACAGUAUAGUGAAAAUAUUUUUCUGAGAACAUACUAAAUAUACAACAUUAAUUAACAUUAAUUCAAUAACAUGCUACUAUGUUUUAAAUUACAUUCACUCCUAAAAUCAUGUUACAUUUACAGUGUAAUGGAAUAUUGCAUUUCUGUAGUGAUUAUAUUCUUAAUGUAAGCAUAAUUUGGAUUGAGCAAAAAAAAAAGGUAUAUAUAAAAUAACAUUUAAGCCGCGUUCACACCAUAUAGAUUUGUUUGUGACAAAUUUUAUGUAAUUUGCCCAUGUGUGGGUAUGAUGUUACUGUUAUUCAUCAUAUGAAAUUUAAUAGUGGGGACAGACAAUAUCAAAAUAACAUAACCGAUGUUAGCCAGCAAACGGUUUGAACUCACCAUUUUCAGCUGCUAAAUCAUUUAGUGUGUGAUACAGCGUUUAUGCUGUUUCCAGUCAUCCAAUCAAAUUAAAGGGAUUUGCAUUUGAGGCUGACUACUUGUUUGUGAUUGGACAAGGUAUUUUAUUUUCCCUAAGCUCCUCCCAUUCAGAAUUAAGUGGGUACCUGGUAGGUUCGAGAUUCUAAUGCGCUGAUUACAAGCUGCAAUAUUAUAGAUUACUCCACUAGGGAGCUAAAGUAUGAGUUACAUAGCCGUUUGAUCUGAUGAUCGGAGUCAUGAGAGCGCAUAAAGUUUGUGGCAUGGUGCGCUGUAAAACUGACUUAUAUUAUUUGUUAUUUUUUUUAGUUGUAAUUUAAUAUCAAUGGAUAAAAAUAUUCGCAUAAAAUGAAUACAAUAAUAUUUAAAAUUCCUUGAUAUUGGUAUUGUUAAGUAUUAUUUUGAUACCACGUUUUGAUUGCCAUUUCUUAUGCUGUGAUUUUUAGAGUCAAUUGCUGGUUAAUGUGGCUUUUCUUGGAAUGUUUAAAACGGGGAUAUAGGAGAGUGUUCACAGUACAUUGCAAUUUAUAUGAUAUUAAUUAAAAGCAAUUAUUUUGAUGAGGAAAGAACCCCCAAAACCUAGAUGCUAUUACUAGUCUGUGAGCCUAUUGCAAAGAUUAACAAAACUAGAUUGUUUAACAAAUUAACACAAUGAUAAAACUAUUAGAAAUUUCAAUAACAUAAUAUUAUUAUUACAUGAAAUUGUAAUUAAGUCUUGUUUAGAUGUACAGUAGUUAAUUAAUUAACUAUUAAUUAUAUCUGUACCAGACAAUGCUGUCAGGAGUUGGUGUCACCUUAACUCUAUUUGUAGAUGUCUUUUUGUAUGAGUUAAAUACAGUAUACAUUUUUAUUUUGUAAGUUAUAAAGCUCAGUGGGUUUUCAUAACUAACUGGCAAGUGCCAUUUGCAGAUGGUAUGCGACAAUUACAAUAUGUUGUCAUUGACAGUAUUAUUUCCAUGUGAUAUUUGUGAUGUCUUGCUUAUAAUAUCAUGUAACAAUUGUUUACAUUGUUAUUGACAUAUGAUUGUGAUAUCACGAAUGUAAAAUUAUUUGACAAUUGAUUUUCAUCAUAAUGUCAUUUUAAAUACACCUUGCGACAGAUGUGAUGUUACGUUUGACAGUGCCAAGGAAUACAGUAUUGCGAAAAAUAUCUGACAUGAAUGCCAUCCUUAAAAUGUUGGUGUCAUCACAGACGCAUGGUGUCGUGAUUGCAAAUGUCAUUGACAUCAUCGUAUAGUACAGUGCAACUUGAUCCCCUAUUGUGAUAUCAUGUGACAUUUUUAAUGAAAAUACCAUCACAAUGUGACACUGAUUCCAGUAAAUCGAUGACAGUUUUGUUAAUGUACUUUGUUUUCAGGUAACAUAGUCAAUAAAACUUAUGAUAGUGAUUGUGAUGCCAUAUUUCACUUGCUAUUACAUUUAAUAUAUAACAAGCUGAUACCAUUUGUAAAUGGCCUGGUGGCCUAAUACUUUCGAUGCCAGUGACAAAAUAGUGCAAAGUUAGUUGCACCGCUAAAAUCAUAUUAAUCCUAAAUUUGCCAUGUAGAAAAAAUAAAGUAGGUUUAUAAUAUUUAUA